AUGACGUCGAAAUCAAGCUUCGCCGAUUUUGAAGGUUUUGGAAAAUACUACAACAUCAUCGAUGGUAAGCUCAGCGAGACACCCAGUACCACACAUAACAUCAACCCGGCUACGGGCAAGGCAAACGCAGAGGUGCCAUUGUCUAGACCCCAAGAUGUUGACGAUGCUAUGAAAGCUGCCCAAUGCGCAUUCAAAUACUGGGCCAAAGUGCCCUUUGCGCACUAUCCUCGCCAAGUCGCAUUUGCUAAGGGCCAGAUCGCAGCCUUGGUAGGAUGGAUUCGGACACUCCCAGACAUCGACUUGAGGGACGAGAUUAUACAAGAAGACGACGAAAAGUUGACAAUCACUCGAUAUACGCCACUGGGCGUCGCCGUCGGCUUUGUCCCUUGGAACUUCCCCAUCCACAUCGGUCGCGUGAAAAUUAUACCUUUAGUUCUAGCUGGAAACCCGAUCAUGAUCAAACCCUCCCCCGUCUCGCCGUAUUGCAAUCUAAAGCUCGUCGAGUUGGCCCAACAAUUUUUUCCCUCCAGGUGUUGCCCAAGCGUUGAGUGGUGA